ACCGAAGACGAUGACCUUGACUGGGACCAGAUCAACAUGGUUUUGAAACCUUCCACGGACCUAUGGCUACCAAAAGGGUCAUUUAUGAUGGUGAACACAUCUGGACGAUAUGCGGGGCAGAAAGCACAUCUGUUACUGCCGAAGCUAAAGGAAAACGACACGCACUGCAUUAACUUCCACUAUUCCCUGUCUGCCAAGGAAGGGGUCAAACCAGGCACGCUGAAUGUUUACGUGAAGGUCAAUGAGGGACUGCUCGGGAACCCGAUCUGGAAUGUGUCUGGAUUGGUCACCACAGGCUGGGCUGAGCUGGCUAUAAGUACUUUCUGGCCAAGUCUGUACCAGGUUGUGUUUGAAGCAGUUACCUCAGGCCAGCCAGGGUACGUUGCCAUCAGUGAAGUGAAAAUCCAGAGACAUCCAUGCAUCAAAACCCCUCAUUUUCUACGCCUCCAGAAUGUGGAGGUUAAUGCUGGGCAGAACGCCACGUUCCAUUGCACGGCCAAUGGGCAGACAUCGCCGAACGAUAAACUCUGGCUGCAGGGACGUAAAGGAAAGGACACCCCCAUAAAAGAGACCAAAGUGUCCAACUCCCGUCGAUUUAUAGCCACCUUCAAUGUGGCUCAGACGGUACGAAGUGAUGCUGACCACUACCGCUGUGUGACUCAUUCCAUCACUGGCUCCGGAGUCUCCAACUAUGCAGAGUUAGUAGUGAAAGACCCACCAACUCCGAUUGCACCCCCUCAGCUGAAUUCGGUUGGUGCCACGUACCUGUGGGUCCAGCUGAACGCAAAUUCCAUCAGCGGCGACGGCCCCAUCGUCCAGCGAGACAUCAACUAUCGCAGCACAACCGGGAGCUGGACGGACAUCCAGCCAGUGGACAAUCACCAGUACAAGAUCGGCCACCUGGACCCAGACACAGAGUACGAGAUCCGGGUACUGCUCACACGCCCUGGAGAAGGUGGCCGGGGGGCGCCGGGACCUCCACUCAUCACAAAAACAAAGUGUGGAGAUCCCAUGCACGGACCGAAGAAUCUGGAGGUCAUGGAGAUCAAGUCCAGAGAGCUCACGAUUCGCUGGGAGCCGUUCGGUUACAAUGUAACUCGCUGCCACCGCUACAACCUGACAGCCCACUACCGCUACAUGGUGGGAGACUUGGAGCGUGUGGGCGAGGAGGUCUGCUGGAAAACCGAGUCCGUCAAGCCCCAAUCCAGCCUGCGGGAGCUGCCCCCCUACACCAACAUCAGUGUUAAACUGGUCCUGAUGAACUCGGAGGGCAAAAAGGAAAGCGAGGAGCUUGUGGUCCAAACAGAUGAAGACGUGCCUGGUGCAGUGCCCAUGGAUUCGGUGCAGGGCCGCACCUUUGCAGAGAAGAUCUACCUCCAGUGGAAGGAGCCGACCGAAACGUUUGGAAUCAUCACACUGUAUGAGGUCCACUACAAGGGUGUUGGAUCCUUUGAUCCUAAAAUUGACUUGUCCAACCAAAGUGGCCGAGUGUUCAAGCUAGGAAAUGAGACACAUCACCUGUUUGUUGGGCUGUACCCGGGUACCACAUACUCCUUUACCAUCAGGGCCAGCACCGUCAAAGGCUGUGGAGUCCCCAUCAUCACACAGUUUACCACCAAGAUAUCAGCACCGUCCAUGCCCGCCUAUGAUUACGACACGCCUUUGAACCAGACUGACAGCACAGUGACCAUCCUGCUGAAGCCUGCUCAGAGCAGAGGAGCUCCCGUGAGCGCCUACCAGGUCAUCGUAGAGGAAGAGCGGCAACGCAGAUUCAAGAAAAUGUCUGAUGCCACCUGCUACCAGGUCCCCAUUACCUACCAGAACGCCUCCAGUGGAAACUUCCCUCAUUACUUUGCGGCAGAGUUUCCCCCGAGCGCUCUUCAGGAAUCCCACCCUUUCACCGUGGGCGACAACAAGACCUACAGAGGCUACUGGAACGCUCCACUCCUCCCUCACAAGAGCUACAGCAUCUACUUCCAGGCUGUGAGCCGAGCAAACGGGGAGACCAAAAUUGACUGCGUCCGGGUGGCCACCAAAGCUGCAAUAAUCGUGACUCAGCUUACAACACCAUACAUACGCAUCGUCCCCGCUGCAGGCGACAACCAACUAACAGGGGGUGCCACUCGGAAGCCCAACACUGAAGAGCCUGAGAAGCAGACGGACCACACGGUGAAGAUUGCUGGGGUCAUCGCUGGCAUCCUGCUCUUUGUCAUCAUCUUCCUCGGUGUUGUCCUGCUCAUGAAGAAAAGAAGCUAUCAGUCCUACACUUAUUAUCUAAAACUAGCAAAGAAGCGGAAAGAGACACUGAGCAGCACAAGGCAGGAGAUGACUGUCAUGGUCAACUCCAUGGACAAGAGUUACACUGAGCAAGGCACCAAUUGCGAUGAAGCGUUCUCCUUUGUGGACACCCACAAUCUCAAUGGUCGGGCCAUAUCUUCACCCUCCUCAUUUACCAUGAAGUCAAGCACCCUGAAGAGCUCAUCAGUACAGAACUACUACCCAGAUGAAAACCACACAAUUGCCAACGAGGCCAACAGCCUGGUGCAGCCGCACAGCUACAAGAAGCGUGAGGCUGUGGACGUGCCCUAUCAGACAGGCCAGCUCCACCCGGCCAUCCGCGUGGCAGAUCUGCUACAGCACAUCACACAGAUGAAAUGCUCCGAAGGCUAUGGCUUCAAAGAGGAGUACGAGAGCUUUUAUGAAGGACAGUCCGCGCCUUGGGAAUGUGCCAAGAAGGAUGAAAACCGAGUCAAGAACAGAUACGGGAAUAUCAUUGCCUACGAUCACUCUCGGGUCAGGCUGCAGGCUCUGGAUGGAGACCCGAACUCCGAAUACAUCAACGCAAACUACGUAGAUGGCUACCACAGGCCAAACUAUUACAUUGCCACACAAGGAGCCAUGCAAGAAACGGUGUACGAUUUCUGGAGGAUGGUCUGGCAAGAAAACACAGCCAGCAUCAUCAUGGUGACCAACCUGGUGGAAGUCGGAAGGGUGAAGUGCUGCAAAUACUGGCCCGAUGACACAGAGAUCUACAGAGACAUUAAAGUGACUCUGAUUGAGACAGAACUGCUGGCUGAAUAUGUCAUAAGGACAUUUGCAGUAGAGAAGCGAGGAGCUCAUGAGAUCCGGGAGAUCAGGCAGUUCCACUUCACGAGCUGGCCGGACCACGGAGUUCCUUACCACGCCACAGGACUUCUGGGCUUUGUAAGACGCGUUAAGUCAAAGAACCCAGCAGGGGCAGGAUCCAUAGUGGUGCAUUGCAGCGCCGGAGCAGGAAGGACAGGCUGUUUCAUGGUCAUCGACAUCAUGCUGGACAUGGCAGAGAGGGAAGGAGUCGUGGAUAUCUACAACUGCGUUCGUGAACUGCGCUCCCGCCGAGUCAACAUGGUGCAGACUGAGGAGCAGUAUGUCUUUAUCCACGAUGCCAUCCUGGAGGCCUGCCUGUGCGGGGACACCACCAUCCCAGACUCACAGCUCAGGUCAGCCUACUAUGAGAUGAACAAGCUGGAGCCUCAGACCAACUCCUCGCAGAUGAAGGAAGAGUACAGGACUCUGAACAUGGUGACCCCUACCCUCCGAGUGGAGGACUGCAGCAUCGCCCUGUUACCACGCAACCACGAGAAGAACCGCUGCAUGGACAUCCUGCCCCCGGACCGGUGUCUGCCCUUUCUCAUUACAAUAGACGGCGAAAGUAGCAACUACAUCAACGCAGCCCUCAUGGAUAGUUAUAAACAGCCGUCAGCAUUCAUUGUUACUCAGCACCCGUUGCCCAACACUGUAAAGGAUUUCUGGAGGCUGGUCCUGGACUAUCACUGCACAUCUGUCGUCAUGCUCAACGAUGUGGAUCCUGCACAGCUGUGUCCUCAGUACUGGCCUGAGAAUGGAGUGCACCGACACGGCCCCCUCCAGGUGGAGUUUGUGUCAGCCGAUCUGGAGGAAGACAUCAUCAGCAGAAUAUUCCGAAUUUACAAUGCGUCCAGGCCUCAGGACGGGUAUCGGAUGGUGCAGCAGUUCCAGUUCCUCGGCUGGCCCACCUACCGGGACACACCCAUGUCCAAGCGCUCCUUCCUCAAGCUGAUCCGGCAGGUGGAGAAGUGGCAAGAGGAGUACGACGGGGGGGAGGGGCGCACCGUGGUGCACUGCCUGAACGGUGGAGGCCGUAGCGGGGCAUUCUGUGCCAUCAGCAUCAUCUGUGAGAUGCUGCGGCACCAGCGGGCGGUGGACGUUUUCCACGCCGUGAAGACACUGAGGAACAAUAAACCCAACAUGGUGGACCUGCUGGAACAGUACAAGUUCUGCUACGAGGUGGCGAUCGAGUGCUUCAAUUUGGGCUGACAGAGAUUCUGUGGCAGCCGAUGAACCAGAUGACCACCCACCCCUUCCUCACUCUCCCCUCCCCCCCACCGUGUCCCAUCCCAACCGCAUCCGGACCGCAACUCCAUGACGUCCAGUAAAACUGUGACAAGAAAAUAAUUUGUUUUUCUUCAAUGGAAAUCCAUCGUCCGAGCGAGACAACUCUGAUUUCCUCUUCUGCGUUUCGUCUUUUCUCCCUCCUGGAUCUUCUUCCUGAGCCGAGAAAGCGAGCGAGCAAGCGAGAGAGAGAGCAAGCGAGAGAGCGAGCAACAGACGGACACAGACAGAAAGACUGGAAAUGUUGCACUGCCGAACAUUUUAACAGAGAGCAGCUCCAUAUACUGUGGAUGUUUGAUAUUUAAAACGAAACCUGUAUUCACAUUAAACUGUAAUGCGCAUUUAUUCACGGCCUUUGAUGUAGUUAUCUGAUGUACAGUAAUUAAACAGCACGUUUUUUUUCGGGGGGGGAUUGUUUUUAAUGGCAGAAAACAAAAAAAAUGCCCAAGUGGAGUUGAGGAAUGCCGUUUCAGCAUCCAUCUUGUAGAAAGUCAGAGAGCGAUGAUGGCAACCGGCCUUUGCGAUGUUCUUCUUGACACAAUGUUCCAUUUGAAACCUUCCUUGUUUCCCCCCCACUCGCCCCAUUCCGAUUUUGUUUAAUUCCCCAGGAUCUCCCUCCCUCCCUCCCUAGCUCCUCGGCCCCCCUCCCUUCCUCCUCCUGCCCUCACAAUCAUAAUGGUAAACUUGUCUGUUUGAAUCCGGAGAUUAACAUUAAUAAUAUUUCACCAGCAUAUCUGGAGGCAUGCAAAUCCUUUUAAGGUCAUUCCCUUCCUCGCUUUUCCCUUCCAACCUCUUCCCUUUGUUUCU